CUCCUGCAUCACACCCAGGCACCCUCCUCAGACACCUAGCCAAUCGCUUGUUCUGAACAGCGUUACCAUGGACACCGAGUCCACCCACUCUGGCUACUCCAACAGAUCCAACAGACAUGGGGAGCAGAGUCGGCGUGAGCGGCGUAAGCUCAGCAGUAAGGACAGCAGCCGGUCAGAGCGGUCUGUAAUCAUCAACAGCCCCUACGGGCCCACUCAGGUCUCCCCCAACCACAACAGCGAGCCCCUGCUAGAAGUCCCCAGCUCUGUGGCUGGAGACGAGGCUCCAAGCCUCCAGGAUGAUAACUGGGGGGAAACCACCACGGCGGUGACUGGCACCUCAGAGCUUAGUCUAUCCCAGGAGGAGGUGGUUGGUCUGGGGAAGAGGUCAGAGGACGGCCUGGGGCAGGGCUGUCGGCGUUACGCUCCCCUAGCUCUGGGCCUCUGUGUGGGGCUACUGGUCCUGGCCACCCCCCUGGCCUUCCUGGUCCUCCCGGCGGUGCUGUGGCCGGCCAGGCUGCAGGCCUGUGGCUCAGCCUGCGAGGGCCUCUUCCUCUCUGUGUCCUGUAAACUUCUCAUCCUUCUGCUAGCUGUGUGGGCGAUCUUCCUGCGCCAGGACCGUGCCAGCCUGCCCAGGGUGUGUGUGUACCGAGCCCUCCUGGCCAUGCUCACACUGCUGCUCACAAUCUCCUACUGGCUGUUCUAUGGGGUCCGCAUCCUCGACUCACAGGAUGAGGACUACCAGGGUAUCGUCCAGUUUGCUGUGUCUCUGGUGGACUCUCUGCUGUUUGUCCACUACCUGGCCAUUGUUCUGCUGGAGCUCAGACAGCUCCAGCCCUGCUACAGCCUGUGUGUUAUACGCUCCACUGACGGAGAGACACGCUACUACAACCUGGGACAGCUCAGUAUUCAAAGGGCAGCUCUGUCUCUGCUGGAGUUCUACUACAGGGACUUCCCUCUCCAUAACCCUGCCCUUCUCUCCGCCUCCAAGCACCGUGCCGCCAAGCACCUGGCCGGCCUCAAGGUCUACACCGUGGACGGCCCAGUGAACCCAGCGGGGCCAGCAGGGGGAUCGGGGGGGUCGCAGGUGGGGGGUCAGCCGCGGGCCAUGAUCUCUGCAGCAGCCAGGCGCAGAGACGCCACUCACAACGAACUAUACUACGAAGAGGCCGACCAUGACCGACGGGUCCGCAAACGCAGAGCCAGGCUGGUGGUGGCUGUGGAGGAGGCCUUCAUGCAUGUGAGGCGGAUGCAGCAGGAGGAGCAGAAAGCAUCCCCUGGGGAUGUGAUGGACGUACGGGAAGCGGCCCUGGCCAUAUUCCCCUCCAUGGCCCGCGCCCUGCAGAAAUACCUCCGAACCACCAGAAGGCAGCACUGCCACAGCAUGGACAGCAUCCAGAGACACUUGGCCUUCUGCCUCACACACAACAUGAGCCCCAAGGCAUUCCUGGAGGCCUACCUGUCCCCUGGUCCUACGCUACAGUAUGGUCGAGAGCGCUGGAUGGCCGGUCAGUGGACUCUGGUCAGCGAGGCUGCGGUCACUAGCGGUCUGAAGGAGGACACAGUCUUCUCACUGAGGUGUCUAGACUUCAGCCUAGCGGUAACAGUCAAGUCCAUCCCCUACAUUGUAAUGACUGAGGAGUAUGUCGAUCCAAAGUCACACAAGUUUACCCUGAGUCUCCAAUCUGAAACAUCAGUCUAACAGACGCAUGUAGAAGAACUGUGGGAAUUCUAGACUUGUCUGUUUUGUGUUCAGUUUCUUAAACCCUCUUUUACUUUUGACAUGCUCUUGUUGUGCUAUUUUGCUUUUCUCUUCUAUUUAUAUUACCGGUGUUUAUAAAGAUUAUUUUGGCUACUUUGAGAUUUGUUAUUGUACGUAAUUGAUAUGAACAGAUGCAUAUUGGAUAUUGUAACAAGAUGAAGUGUUAGCUGGUCAUAUAAUAGUUAAUAAAUGGUAGGGAUCCCCAGCCCUAUGGCUCUUUUGGAGUGAAGAUGACCGAUGGAGAGAGUUAGGGAACAUGCUCUGAUUUCUAUUGUCCUGAGGCACACUGGAUCAUUGAAUUAUGUCAGUGGGUUUUCAAUACACUGUCGACGACCCUCCCGCAUUUUGUUCUUCCUCUGUGUGUGUGUGUGUGUGUGUGUGUGUGUGCGUGCAUGUGUGUGUGUGUGUGUGUGUGACUGUGUGUAUGUGGGGGGGUAUUUUCAUAUGGUCUGCCCUGCUAAUAUGAAUGAAAUACUACCUAAUAAUCACAAACAGUUCAGGUUCAGUUUUAUCAAACUAAGAAUUGCUUUUGUUUACAGUUAAUGGAUUGUACAUGUGUGUUUUUAUAUACGGUUGAAGUUGGAAGUUUACAUACACUUAGGUUGGAGUCAUUAAAACUCGUUUUUCAACCACUCCACAAAUUUCUUCUUAACAAACUAUAGUUUUGGCAAGUCGGUCAGGACAUCUACUUUGUGCAUGACACAAGUCAUUUUUCCAACAAUUGUUUACAGACAGAUUAUUUCACUUAGAAUUCCCUGUAUCACAAUUCCAAUGGGUCAGAAGUUUACAUACACUAAGUUGACUGUACCUUUAAACAGCUUGGAAAAUUCCAGAAGAUUUCAUCGCUUUAGAAGCUUCUGAUAGGCUAAUUCUCAUCAUUUGAGUCAAUUGGAGGUGUACCUGAGGAUGUAUUUCAAGGCCCACCUUCAAACUCAGUGCCUCUCUGCUUGACAUCAUGGGAAAAUCAAAAGAAAUCCGCCAAGACCUCCACAAAAAUUAUAGACCUCCACAAGUCUGGUUCAUCCUUGGGAGCAAUUUCCAAACGCCUGAAGGUACCACGUUCAUCUGUACUAACAAUAGUAUGCACGUAUAAACACUAUGGGACCAUGCAGCCGUCAUACCGCUCAGGAAUGAGAUGCGUUCUGUCUCCUAGAGAUGAACGUACUUUGGUGAAUCAAUCCCAGAACAACAGCAAAGGACCUUGUGAAGAUGCUGGAGGAAACGGGUACAAAAGUAUCUCUAUCCACAGUAAAACGAGUCCUAUAUCGACAUAACCUGAGAGACCGCUCAGCAAGGAAAAAGCCACAGCUCCAAAACCGCCAUAAAAAAGCCAGACUACGGUUUGCAACUGCACAUGGGGCCAAAUAUUGUACUUUUUGGAGAAAUGUCCUCUGGUCUGAUGAAAAAAAAUAGAAUUGUUUGGCCAUAAUGACCAUUGUUAUGUUUGGAGGGAAAAGGAUGGAGGCUUGCAAGCCGAAGAACACCAUCCCAACCGUGAAUCACAGGGGUGCAGCAUCAUGUUGUGGGGUUGCUUUGCUACAGGAGGGACUGGUGCACUUCACAAUUGCAUCAUGGGGCAGGAAAAUUAUAUGGAUCUAUUGAAGCAACAUCUCAAGACAUCAGUCAAGAAGUUAAAGCUUGGUCGCAAAUGGGUCUUCCAAAUGGACAAUGAUCCCAAGCAUACUUCCAAAGUUGUGGCAAAAUGGCUUAAGGACAACAAAGUAAAGGUAUUGGAGUGGCCAUCACAAAGCCCUGACCUCAAUCCUAUAGAGAAUUUGUGGGCAGAACUGAAAAAAUGUGUGCAAGCAAGGAGGCCUACAAACCUGACUCAAUUACACCAUCUCUGUCAGGGGGAAUGGGAGCUUGUGGAACACUUCCUGAGAAGUUUGACCCAAGAUAAACAGUUUAAAGGCAAUGCUACCAAAUACUAAUUGAGUAUAUGUAAACUUCUGACCCACUGGGAAUGUGAUGAAAGAAAUCAAAGCUUAAAUAAAUUAUUCUCUCUACUAAUAUUCUGACAUAAAGCGGUGAUCCUAACUGACCUAAAACAUGUAUUUUUACUAGGAUUAAAUGUCAGGAAUUGUGAAACUGAGUUUAAAUGUAUUUGGCUAAGGUGUAUGUAAACUUCCGACUUCAACUGUAUGUAAUGUCUUGCGUUUUUAUUUAAAAGUUAUAUUUGAUUUGAUUGAUGCUUUUCUACCUGGCUGUACAGUUUGGCUGUAUAGUUGUGGAAUUAUAUGGAUGAAAAAGGUUCUGUUAUUGUACUCCCCAGGAUUCCUAGACAUUAUCUGUAAGAGGUUGUCCAAACCUGUUGGGCUCAAACCCAGAGCGGACUAUUGCGGAAUACUACAGUUGAGCAAACAAAGAAGCUAGUAAAACCGGAAGAAAUGUAUUCAUAAUUUUGAGUGAGAGAUUUUCUGUACUUUUCUGAUUUGGAGUCUAAUGACAAGACAUGCAUUAUAUGUGUGUCUUAUCUCCAGAUGAAAGAAAGCUAUUAUUAAAUUUCUACAGAACCUAACCCUGUAAACUAAGAGAAUCCGAUUGAGGCUCAAGUUUUUUGUCUUCAGAUAUGAGAGAAGACAACAGAUUAAAGAAGGAUGUCACAAUAUUCUCUCUUUUAGUCCCUAUGUUUGAGACUUGUGGAGAAUACACACAAAGAGAAGUGGUUCUCGUAAUGCAUUUUGUCCCAGACAUGACUGACUGAUCUGAUACCGUAGCUUUUCCUCUACUGUCUCCAAGUCUGCAUACGCGCAUCUUCAUGUACUGAAAGUGAUUCAAAUAGGCCAAAAUGAUACAUUUCUCAUGUCUUUUUUUACAUUGUUUGAUAUGGUUUGUUCCUCAGUAUUGAUGUUCAGAGUGCAGACAACAGUGAGGGAAGUCUACAGUCACAAAAGAGGCCGUACAACUGGCACAGAUAUGGGAUUUUUAUGCUUAUCUCUGUGAACUCAAUAUACAGUAUUUGUUUGUUUUAAUAUUGUAUUGUUUUAGCCAAAUCUUCCCUAUUACAUGUGCAUAUUAUUCAAGACUAUAUUAGAAUGAAAUUGUUUGUUAUUGUAAUUGUACAAUCAUUGUUGUCACCAAAAGGUUACAUGUUUUUCAGGAUUUUAUACUGAUUAAAUUAUGGCUGUGAAUAUUUUCCUGUUCGAAUUCACCCUUUUAUUAGUUUUUAUCUUGAGGUGACCACAGGUUAUAAGUGUUGGAUUGGUCAAAGCAAGGUUGCCAACCAAUUGCUUUCCCUAAUCGAACCAAUUCCGAUAUGUGACUAUUUCAAGGAAGGGAGAAAGGAUGUAUUUUUCAAGUAUUCGACCAGGGCAUUUACCUCCUUGUAUGUCUCCUUCAUUACAAAGGUGCCUCUGUUUUAAAACACAUAUGAUGUAUGCUCUAUGUGUUUGUUAUUGUAUGCAAGUAUGUUCGUUCAAUAAUGUAUGGUGUGUGUGCGAAUGCACCAUUGCCAUCCUAAAUGUUGUUCUGACCAAUUCGGUCUCAAGUUUUCACUGGUGUUGUUUUUUAAAGAUUUACAUAUAUGGAAUUACAAUAACUGUAUAAAGAUUCAAAUUUGUAAAAUAAAUAUUUGUAUGAACAU